AAAACAAGCUUAACUUAUUUUACACAACACAAAAAUAUUAAUUAUCUUAAUACCAAAUUUAAACGCCUCAGUCAGACUUUGCAACAAAGAUACAAGGAUGUUGUGGAUUUACACUAUUAUUAUUUUGGUUGCAAUAGUUUAUGCCUAUUGUACAAGAAAUUUCAAUUACUGGAAAACAAGAAACGUCCCCUUUUUGAAACCGAUACCCUUUUUGGGUAACCUUUGGCCUACUUUAAAAAUGCAACAAACCUUAGGUGAAUGGCUUUGUGACAAAUGUCGCGAAACGAACCAAGAUUACUUUGGAAUCUACGUGCUAGACCAACCUGUAUUGGUUGUACAAUCGCCCAAAAUGAUCAAGCAAAUUUUACAAAAAGAUUUUGUCUAUUUUCAAAACAGAUCAGCCUCAGUUCCUAGGAAAAACCUUGUUUUGUCUAGUAAUUUGUUUUUCGCUAAAAAUACCAAAUGGAAGAUGGUGAGGAGUCAUGUGACGCCAGUUUUCAGCUCAGGCAAAAUCAAGUUAAUGUUUGCUCACAUUUUAAAUGAAACCACUGCAAUGAUUGAUUAUAUUGAUGGAUUGGUUAAUAUGAGUGAUGUUGAAUCUAAGGAAAUAUGUGCUAAGUAUUCCACGAAUGUUAUUGCCAAAUGUGCUUUUGGUGUUGAUGCUAAAUCUUUUGAAAGUGAACAAGCGGAAUUUAGAAAACUUGGACGACGUAUUUUUGAUUUUAGAUAUUCAACAGCAAUUAGGCAAUUUACUUGUUUUCUGUUUCCAAAUAUAGUACAGUGGUUCAAUAUUUCCGUAAUUGACGAUGAUACUCUUGCACGACUGAAAAUAAUAUUUUUGGAAGUUUACAACAGCAGACUUAGUUCGGGAAACUUUGAAGGAAACGACUUAGUCGAUAUUUUAAUAGAAGCUACCAAAAAUUUACCAGAAUUUGAUGAAAAUGUUUUAUUAGGACAAGCCAUUCAAUUUUUCCUAGCAGGAUUUGAAACAACUGGUUCCAUUUUGAGUUUCACUUUGUACGAACUUUGUUUGGAUCAGGAGAUACAAGAAAAAUUAAGAGAGGAAAUUUUUGAAAUUACAAAAAAGCACAACAAUAGUAUCACAUAUGAGAGUAUUUCUGAGAUGAAAUAUUUGGACAUGUGCGUAACAGAAACUCUACGCAAAUAUCCCAGUGUUCCAUUUCUGGAUAGAGUAACUGAUUCAACCUAUAAAAUAGCUGGAACAGAUAUAAUCUUAGACAAAGGCAUACCAAUUUAUAUACCUCUAUUUGGUGUCCAUUACAAUCCAGACAUUUAUCCAGAUCCCCAUAAAUACAAUCCAGAAAGGUUUAGAGAUAAAAGCCGAUUAAAUAAAGAGUCUUUAACUUAUUUGCCUUUUGGAGAAGGUCCUAGAAUAUGCAUUGGAAUCAGGUUUGGAUUAUUGGUAGUCAAAUUGGGCUUGAUAGCGAUUUUACAAAAAUUCAAACUAGAGGCAACUGAUAACACGCCGAUACCAAUGAAAUUUGCUAGCAGAAGCAUUGUUUUACAAGCCGAUAAAGGAAUUCCUUUAAAAUUUGUGCCCCUUAAGUAAUGAUAAGUAAUUUAUCAAUGUGGAAUUUUUCAUUGUAAUAAUAAAUAAAAGAAAUUAUACCUAUA